AGUAGGAAGAAAGUCACUUUUCUACUCGAUCCGUUUCUUUCUUUCGACUUUUUGUGUUUGCAACUAUUUGGUGAUAAACGAAGCUUGCAAUUUGCUUCCAUUCCUGUGGCCGAAAUCGCGGACGGGUUACACAAACAUCAUCUUCUGGUCGGGAUAUUCUUGCGUUGCGUGCGAAAACUGCGAAGAAGGCGUGCGAGAGAAAUUAAAAUCGUCGAAAUUCGUCUACUAACACAGGUGUGACAUAUUCCUCAUCGCUGUACGGAUUCCGCUAACCGUGCAAGGUGUUCUUGGGACGAGCAGCAGGCGGCAGAGAGACAUCGAUAGUGGGAAAAUUCAUUUCGUCUGUACCGCAACGAAACAUCCAAAGGCGCACCAGAAAUCGACUGGAACACCGUCGUUCCGAUGUCUAAAUUAAACUCUCACGGGGCUACAGGGCUUAAAAAUAUCAAUCUCGAAGAGAUAUGGACCGAUCUAGAAGGCGGCAUCAAGCAGGUCUACAAGCGGGAACAUAGCCUCGGCAUCGCCCGCUACAUGGAGCUCUACACACAUGUUUACAACUACUGCACGAGCGUCCACCAGCAACCGAGCUGUCGUACCGCAGCGUCAAAAGUAUCGAAAAAGGGUCUAACCGCGCCACCCGGUGGUGCUCAGCUGGUGGGUCAGGAGCUGUACAAGCGACUGAAGGAAUUCCUAGAGAACUAUCUCGUACGGUUGCACCAAAAUGGCAUCGAUUUGAUGGACGAGGAAGUGCUGAGCUUCUACACCAAGCGCUGGGAGGAGUAUCAGUUCUCCAGCAAAGUGUUGAACGGUGUCUGCGCCUAUCUCAACCGACACUGGGUGAAACGUGAGUGCGAGGAGGGUCGCAAGGACGUGUACGAGAUUUACCAGCUGGCGUUGGUCACCUGGCGCGGCAACCUCUUCAAGCAUCUCAACAAACAAGUGACUAACGCUGUACUGAAGCUGAUCGAACGCGAGCGAAAUGGCGAAACGAUCAACUCACGUCUGGUUUCGGGUGUCAUCAACUGCUACGUCGAACUUGGGCUUAACGAGGAAGAUCCGCACGCCAAGGGACAGAAUUUGUCCGUCUAUAAGGAAAGCUUCGAAAACAUUUUCCUGGAGGACACAGAACGGUUCUAUACUCGUGAAAGUGCCGAGUUUCUGCGGGAGAAUCCUGUCACCGAGUACAUGAAGCGAGUGGAGUUGCGCUUGAAUGAGGAGCAAAAGCGCGUCCAAGUUUAUCUGCACGAGAGCACUCUGGAGCGUUUGGCAGAAAAAUGCGAACGGGUGCUGAUUCAGAACCAUCUCGAUCAGUUCCGAACGGAGUUUCAGAACUUACUAGACUCGGACAAGAAUCAGGACUUGGGCAGGAUGUACUCGCUCGUUGCUCGAAUUAAGGCGGGUCUGUUUGAGCUGAAAGAGAUACUGGAAACACACAUUCACAACCAAGGCUUGGCCGCCAUAGAGAAGUGCGGUGAUUCUGCUGUCAAUGAUCCAAAAGUUUACGUCCAAACCAUUCUGGAGGUUCACAAAAAAUACAAUGCCCUUGUACUUACUGCGUUCAACAACGACAGCGGUUUCGUGGCGGCGCUUGAUAAGGCAUGCGGCAAAUUCAUCAACACGAAUGCCGUCACCGAGCUUAGUAGAAGCGCCAGUAAGAGCCCCGAACUGUUGGCCAAAUACUGUGAUCUACUGCUAAAAAAAUCGAGCAAAAACCCGGAAGAAGCCGAACUGGAGGAUACUCUCAAUCAAGUGAUGGUUGUUUUUAAGUACAUCGAAGACAAGGAUGUGUUCCAGAAGUUCUAUAGUAAGAUGCUGGCAAAGCGCCUCUGUCAUCACAUGUCGGCCAGCGACGACGCAGAAGCAUCCAUGAUUUCCAAGUUGAAGCAGGCAUGCGGUUUCGAGUACACUAGCAAGUUGCAGCGCAUGUUCCAGGACAUUGGGGUGUCGAAGGAUCUUAACGAGCAGUACCGGCAGCACCACGAGAAACUGAAGGAUACUCGAGGCACAGGACAGAACGAAAUCGAUUUCAGUAUCCUGGUGCUGUCUUGCGGGUCGUGGCCAUUCAAUCAAAGUUUUACCUUCUCCUUGCCUUUUGAGCUGGAACAAUCCGUUCACCGAUUCAACAACUUCUACGCCAAGCAACAUUCCGGGCGCAAGCUAAACUGGUUGUAUAACAUGUGUCGCGGAGAACUCAUUACCAACUGCUUUCGAAUGCGAUACACGCUACAGGCCAGUACCUUUCAAAUGGCCGUUUUGCUACAGUUCAACGAGGAAACUGUGUGGAGUAUUAAGCAGUUGGGAGAAAAUACUGGCAUUAACAAUGAAAAUCUUGUACAAGUGCUGCAAAUUUUACUCAAAACCAAGCUUUUGACCUGCUACGACGACGAAGCCAAAUUGCAGCCAAGUUCAACGAUUGAGCUGAACAGAGACUUUAAGAAUCGAAAGCUUCGUAUCAACAUCAAUUUCCCGCUCAAGACGGAACUGAAGGUAGAGCAAGAGGCGACUCACAAAAACAUCGAAGAAGAUCGCAAGAUUCUCAUCCAGGCCGCCAUCGUAAGGAUCAUGAAGAUGCGCAAGAUACUGAACCAUACGCAGCUCGUCGGCGAAGUGCUGAAUCAACUGUCAACGCGGUUUAAACCGAAGAUUCAAGUGAUUAAGAAAUGCAUUGAUAUUCUGAUAGAGAAAGAAUAUCUAGAGCGCCAGGAAGGACAAAAGGAUACCUACAGUUAUCUGGCCUGAUCAGUGAUAGUUUUAAUCUGUAGUGUAGUUAUCUAAUCGCGUACUUUCAAUAUGUCGUCCUUAAGUUACAUAAGCGUACAAAAAAAAAAACAAAAAAAAAUCGGUAGCGGACAGAACAAAAC